GUGACGUAUUUUUCUGAAAAAAUGUCGUUUCGCGAACGUUCUGAUCGGUGAACUAUAAAAGGCAGUGAUUCACAGGACGUAGCAGUCAACUUCCAAAUCAGCGCUUGAACGUUGUGUAAUAAAACAGAAUCAUAACUUGUUUGAUUGUGUAUAAAAAGAAUAGUACUAUCUAAAAAGGGAAUAUACGUUUUGAUAAACGUUGGAUAAACUAAUAAAGCACGAGAAAUAAAUAUGGGUCGAGACAACUUGUCGAUUGUGAGUUUAAACUCUGCCAGACGGGGAUUCGAGUCUCUGAAUGGAAGACAGAGGACACCUUAUCUGGAAAGGAUUCUUCAGAGCUCCAACCCAGACAUUUGCUUCCUACCAGGCGACGACAAAGCCAUCGGGCUGAAUGCAGUUGUCGGCUACCAGCAGUUCCUUGUGCCAUCAGCUGACGGCACGGUUCUACUAUACAACCACAAACGUAUGUCGAUGAAACAACCUGAGGUGAACAUUAACGCCAUUGGGCCAUUGCCAGGGCUGGACCUCGGCCAGAUGGUCUGUCCAGGCGUUGAGGUUUAUGCCCUCGAAGAAAAUCGAGUGGUGCGGGAGUUCUCAAUGAUUUCAUGGAAGUACACACUGUUUACGGAAUGCAGACUGCCUGAAAAGACAACCCUUGCAGAGAGCAUAAUUAUAUUUGCCCAGAGACUUGCAUGGAUGUCGCAGAAGCCGUUGCUGAUCGGAGGUGAGAUGCCAAUUGACCAUGGAACAUUGCAAAAUAUCGUCAAAAAGAUUUGCCACGACAACCAGGAGUUGUUUCUCGCGGACAUAAGUCCCGAAAUGAAGGAGAUUGGUUACUUGCCAAGUAACAUCAAAUCCUCACUAAGGAGCCUCCGUCACGUGUUUAUGAUGAAUGUAUUCCGCUGCGGAACCAGUUUCACCAAACCACAAGAGAUUGUUCAGACAUGGAACGCUGGACCUCCAAACGCAGACUGCUUCAUCGCAUCUAAGGCUCUUGAACUGACUGAGGCAAAGUUACUUGAUGUUGAGCCAGUGAGUGCGAGAAAGGUCGAGAUGUUAAAUCUUGAAAACACAUACUGUCAAUCAAAGACCGAGACUGAAGUGAAACAACCAACACAUCGACCCAGUUGCACAACAACACAACAGGGGUAUUACCCAACAUCCACAACCAUGACGGUUCCAGCACGCCCAGCAAAGCAUAGCGGCGGUUAGUGAAGAAGCACCCUUCGACUGGUCGAGUUUAACAUUUUGCAGUGUGUCCAUAUCAUAAGAUGUCACGGCUUCAAAGCAAUUGAACAACAUGCAUAGAAUAAGCGCAACAUGCGGCAUUGCAUCGAUGUAGAUCAAGCUUGAUCGUGUCAAUUUGUAUGGAUAAUGAACAGUAUCAAUAUAAGUUGUCUGUUAAGUGUGUCGCAGGCUGAGCAAAAUCGUAUGAACGUGUGCAUCGUGUUACAAAUACUUUGAAACCCAUGUAAUGGCAAAAACCUUUCAUUUAAUUUAUGCAAUAACACCGGUAUAUGUAUGGUUUGAACAUUUGUAUCAUACAAUGUGUAGAAUAUUUUUGUGCAAUUGAUUGAAAGCAUUUUAUAAAUAUUUAUCAACAUAAAUGUAGUUUGAAAAUUGUAAUGGUUUGAAAAAUGCGACUUCACAAUAGUGUUAAAUUCAUUUAGCUGGAGUCAUCUGCAAAACGUUAUCCUUAUUUCGUGGACUUUGACAAUAAUGUUAAGCUAUUUUGUUAUGUUCCAUGGUGACACGGAGAGCGUUAGAUAAUAGUCCCAAGGGAAAUCUGACUAAGGAUAUUGAGUUGGUAGAUUAGUUAGGCAAUCAGGUAUGCAUGCAUAUAAUAUGUGUUACUAUCGUGAUCUAUGACAAUAUUGCAAAGCUAUUUGGUUAUUUGCACAGGGAAACCGAGAGCAUUAACCAGGCGGAGAGCAUUAACCAGGCGGGUAAUAGUUUCAAGGGUAAUAUGACUAUGGCUAUUGAGUUGAUACAUUGGUAGGGAAAUCAUGCACUCAUGCAUAUAAAAUGUGUUCAUAAAGAAUGAGUCAUGAAAGGCCUGUGCGAUAAAUCAAUCUCAUAUUUGUGUGAGCGAAUAGAAUGCCAGUCAUGUUGAUGAUACGUCGAUUAUUUUAAUGAGCUAUCAGAUGACAUGGAUAAGAGGUAUUGUCAACACCAGGUUGUAUGUACAUAAUUUGAUAACAGUGUUACUGUUAAAUAUUGUUAGACUGAUUUAUUUAUGAUUGUUUUAUUGGAAAUGAAAUUAUAAAAUUUGAAAACUG